UUUCCUCUGAAUACAGAUAGAAUUUGAUAAACCAUAAGAGGAUGUUCAAAUCUGUUCCACCGGCACUUGUUUGUCUGGUGCAGUACCAGACAAAAACAUAACUACAAUGAGUAAGAUUUUUCUCUUUCUGUUCAUUCUUUCAUGCAUCAUAAUGAAAAUCUCACCCCUACAUCUCAUUGAACUCCCUCCGAUGGAAUGUUCUCAAGAGAGGGUAGAUUGCAAGGUUCAAGUAGGUAACUGUUCAGAUGAGGAUUGGAGGAUGCCAAGGUAUGAAGCCCCACGUUCUCCUGUUGUAACCGCAAAUGUAAAAGCCAAGAGGGAUGAGAGUGGACAGUUUGUGCCAAUUAUAUACCUUACAUGGAUCCAAUUACCCGACAGUGCCAUAUUCUCCCUCAAAGGGACUGAAGUGCGUGUGGUUGAAAUGGCCACAAAGCACAGCGUUUGUGUUCGUUACAUUUUUCGCAACAGACUGUUGGGGACAAAAAACCCAAGAUGGGGCAUGUGGACUUUUUCUUUGGACCGAAUUGUUGUCAUACCUAACUUCAAAUACCAGGUUUUUGUAACCAAUUUACCAAGGCCAGACAUAGGUAGUUAUACAAAUAUAACCAACAUCACAAUUCCAGAGAGCAUUUGGAAUAAGGAGGUAAAAUGGUCAGUGAGAAAAUCUAAGAAAGAUGACUUGGUGAUAACCGUAGAAUUCAAACCACAUGAGUUCUCUGACCAAUACAAAGUCUCCAUCUCCAGUCCUGACCUUCACCCAGAAUCAUCUCACAUUGUCAUAAAGGACAACAAGACAUUUCUAAUGGUUAAUUUCACACUGGAAGCAUGGUGGAUAACUCACUGUAGUUUGGACUUGGUGAUUCAGCCACUGUCUGUUCAAAGCAUGAAGAACUGUCUGGAUUACAGAGAGAAAGUUAAUAUCUGUCCCUUUCUUCCAGAUUCUCCUGUUGCUUUUAUUACUUUGGUGAUACUGGGACUGAUACUGGGACUGAUACUGGGACUGUUGUUAGGGAUAUUGACAGCAGUUGGUUGCUGUGUUGCAUUUUUGCAGAACAAGGACUCACAUAAAGAAACGCCGUCCUCAGACAUCUCUACCUGUGCAAAGGGUAAACUGGAGUGGAAUCCCGUUCAAGAGCACAAGAGAGUCAUCAUCAUCUACUCUCUGGACCACCCCCUGUACAAAGAGAUCAUUUUGAAGUUAUGUGCCUUCCUGAGGGCUAAAUGUGGCACAGACGUCACUCUGGAUCUCCUGGACUCCGCCUGGCUCAGCACAAUUGGCAGAAUUCAGUGGCUAGAUACGCAAAGGGAACGAAUCUCCAAGUCCUCAGACAAAGUCCUGAUCCUGUGCUCUCCAGGCGUACAAGCGAAGUGGAAGGCCAUGUGCGGUGAGCGCAAAGCGAGACUGAAGGAGGAUGAACGUUCACCCAUAGGAGACAUGCUCACGCCAGCCCUGAGCCUCAUUAUACCGGAUUUUGUUCACGCCUCAUCCUUCCACAAGUACAUGGUGGCUUAUUUCGAUGACGUGUGCUGUGAGGGUGAUGUUCCAGCACCUUUUAACGUGGUGGUGAAGUACAAGCUCAUGAAGCACUUUGAGGAACUUUACUUCCGGAUCUUAGACAUGGAAAAACAUGAGCCAGGGCGGGUUAAAUGCAUUGAAGGCAUUAGGGUGAAUGAUUACUUCAACUGUCCCUCAGGACGAGCCCUUCGGGAUGCUAUUGAAACUUUUCACAAUUACCAGCUGAAGAAUCCAAACUGGUUUGAAAUGGAGCUUUUGGACACUGAUGAUGAAAAAGAGAAAACCAUCUUGGAGUCAAUGUUUCCUAUAAACUAUAACCCUGACACUGUAUGCUAUAAGCUGAUUGAAGAACAUAAAGCUCAUGCAUUUGUCAAUAUGAUUAAGUGUCAUGAUGAACAUUUAUUAAAGUGUUCCAUCGCAGAGACAGGCAUAUUACUGAACGAGAAUUCUUCAGUUCUUACCACAGAUGUGCACUCCAGUGGUCCGGUUCUGAGUAGCUUUACAACUAUAGAUGUGAAAGGUUUACCAGCAACCAAACCUGCUGUCGCACAACAUGCUUUAUGUUUACAGCCUCUGCAAAUCUCUUUGAAUUAAGCUUGGCAUUAUCAGACUACUGUAACUUUAUGAGUCUAAACUUUUGUCUACUGUAU